UUGAAAUCAAAAUUUAGAAAAAAGUACAUGCUUAUAUCUAUAGUUUUGGUGUCUCAUCUAUAUAUUGAUCCUCAAUACUAUGCCUUAUCAAAUUGGUAAGCCACACAAGGAGAACUGACAAUGACGUGAUUUCUAUAUAUAGAUUUGUUGACGCCAAAGGAAAACUGGUCCUCGCACAAUUUAAGAACUAGCUUACAGGUGUGCGAUCAAUAGACCAAAUCCAGGUAAAAUAAACCUAACAGCAGGGACUGCGAUGCUUAAAUUUAUACGCAUGCUUUACAGUCGAAAUAAAAACAAAUAAAUAUGCAAAGUAUAUCAUUCAAAGACUAAAUUAGAUUCUGCAAAAAAUGAAUGAAGAGUGGUCAACGCUAAUUUUAUGUUAAUUUUUUAGACUGUAAUUGGAUUUAUUAAAUUAAUUCCUGUCAAACUUUAAUGAUUAGCUGCUUUUAAAUGAAGUAUAAUUAUUGUUGAUAACUCUGUAUUGUGUUAAGAAAUUAUAGUUCAAGGAAAGUAUUUGAUUUUAAGUAAAUUGUAAACACCCAGAAGCACAAAUACCGCUAGAAUGAAAUUUUACCAAAAAUCGCCUGGAUGCUCUCGCAGACGUCCGUGCUUUGCAUAUAUAUAGUGCGGCCAAAAGAAACUGCGCAUUUUACGCUGGACCUUGCUUGCAAACGGAAUCUACCUACCUUCUAGUGCUAUAUUAUUGGAAUAAUUUGUGACCUUAGUUGGAUCUAAUUGUGAGAAAAUCACAUGCCUUCUAUGUCUAUGUGCCUAUAACAAUAUUUGAUAUUGGAUCUUGUACUUUGAGCUACCUUGCUGCUGUGCAGAAUACUAUAGUGAAUGUUUUAUAACCUGGAAAUAUUUAGCUUCUGCGAUUGAUGUUACAAAUUUGGAUAUAGGACAUUCAUGCCAUGGAUUUCAUCUCGUUAAAUACUCUACCACAGAAUCCUGAGAAGGAUGAAUUCUGUAAUGGCUUCUUCAAAGUUUGUGUACUUGACUGUGGGAAGCCCCAACCAUACAAAUCUACCAAAAGAGGAGAAGCAACAAUGCUCCAGGCAACCUGUGCUGACAUUACAAAAUACGACAACUUUAUUUUUUAUGCUGUUGAUCACUUUCCACUCGUAAAAAAAAAUGAAAGCAUCAUCAUUAAGGAUGUGAUCAAAAAACCAAAUGGUAACAUUGCAGUGACGGUGAAGUCGGAUGUUUUUGUGAGUAGUGCACUACAAGUUCCACAAGAGUUGCGAGAAAAUUAUGAGAGAGAAACAAAAAGUGGGAAAAUUUGGGAAGUCAAAGAUGCCGCAAUAUCGCCUCAAAAAACAACAAUCACAGUGUGUGGCCAAGUAGUUGCAUGCAACAAGAUCACAACAAAACGAAUUCGGGAAACCCAGGAAGAAGUAAAAUUUAAAAGAAUUAAAAUCAAAGACAACACGGGAUCUAUUAAUGUUGCCCUUUGGCGUGACAUGGCUGAAACAGAAAUUGCAAAAGGAAAUUGCGUUAAACUGCUGAACUUCUCUAGGACUUCCAAGUUCGAUCAUGUGCUGCAAUCACAGAAGCCAGUUCUUGGCAGUAAGCCUACUGGAUCGUCUAUAGAGUUCAUGCCAGACAUUGAUGACAUCUCAUCCACAGACGAUUCUGAAGAUGAAGACCUCAGCAAAGUCACCGGGCAGGUGCUAGGGGUCCAAUCCCUGUAUCUGUACAGCUGCUGUAUAAACCCACCAUGCUGCAAGAAAAAGCUGCAAAACAACAUCUGCACAACUUGCAAUAUGCACUAUACCGCAGCAAGUGCUGGUUCUGGGGCAGUAUGUAAAAUCCUCCUUCAAAGAAAUGGCAUGAACAUGCAGACUUAUACCAUGUUCACAGAACUCAUCCAGUCCCUCUUGUCUUCCAUGAACUGUGAUACUGCACUAGACAGCACAACCGUGUCAAGGAUUGUAAAUAAAAUUCCAUUUACAGUUUCUUACGUUGCUAAUGGCAACAAACUUGCACACAUAAAAUAUAUUUCAUGAUUUGUUGGAAAGAAAACAUUUAUCCUGUCUUUGAAGUUAUGUACAUUAUUACAAGGAUAACUGAUAGAACAAUAAUUAUUUUAUGAACUUGCACUUCUCUUACAAUAAUUGUUCUCCAAUUUUUGCCCAGUAUGUUCAGUAUUUCAAAUGUUAUCAUGAGUAAUUUUUAUUAUCUGUUACAUGAUUGUUAACAAUCAUGAUUACUAGAAUAUGCUCAGAAAUAUUUUUUUCUUUGAGUUUUUCUUUAUUGUACAACUGAUGCUCAACAUUCAUUAGGAUUACAUGCACUUUAACAUUACUUGGACUGGUUUAUAACUUUAAAAAAAUAUUUCUGACUGGCUUUCUGUAUAGUACUGAUGAUAAACAAUCUUGAUUUAAAUAUGUCUGUUGAGAUUUCUUGGGAUGUGGUUUUUUUUUUAUUUGUGCACAAUUCUUUUAAGUAGAUGCCUUAUAAUCAAGAUUAUGACUGUAUGUCCUUGAGAUUUCUUGGAAUGUUUUGUUAUGUUCCUUUUUGUGCACAAUUUAUGAAAGUAUAUGCUAGCGUACAACUGAUAAUCAAGAUUAUGACUGUAUGUCCUUGAGAUUUCUUGGAAUGUUUUGUUAUGUUCCUUUUUGUGCACAAUUUAUAGAAGUAGAUGCUAAUGUACAACUGAUAAUCAAGGUUAUGACUGUAUGUCCUUGAGAUUUCUUGGAAUGUUUUGUUAUGUUCCUUUUUGUGCACAAUUUAUGGAAGUAGAUGCUAUGUACAACUGAUAAUCAAGGUUAUGACUGUAUGUCCUUGAGAUUUCUUGGAAUGUUUUGUUAUGUUCCUUUUUGUGCACAAUUUAUAGAAGUAGAUGCUAUGUACAACUGAUAAUCAAGAUUAUGAUUGUAUGUAAUUUGAAAAUUCUUGGAAUGUUUUGUUAUUUUCCCUUCUUGUACAAAUUUUUUAUUUAGAUGCUCAACAACAAUAAUUUUAUGUACUGGGCAUUUUUCCAGCAUGUGUCUUUUUGUUCAGUAAUUUUGGCUUUGUGUUCACUUUUUAAAACUGCAAUUGAUUACACUCCUUCAACUGAGUUUUAACAGUUAUAAUAUUUCAACUUUAACAUUUCUCAGAAUGCAUAUUUCAUUUUUCCUUCUCUCUUCUUAUGAGAUACAUGUGGACAUUACAUAAUUUACAAUUGUCCUGUUGAUGUGUAUAUAAUAUAUAAGGUUUAAAACUGAAUUAUGUCCCCAUUUCAUAAUCAGUAGUAUUUGCUUGUAGUUGUUUAAAAUGUAGUUGUUAAAAUAUAGUUUAGUUUUUUUCCAGGUAGAGUUGGAAAAUAUGUAGUUGUUUAAAUAUAGUUUAGAUGUAUUCCAGGUAGUUGUUUAAAUAUACAUUUGCAUUCCAGGUAGAAUUUUAAAAUAUGUAUUUCUUUAAAUAUAGUUUAGUUGUAUUCCAGGUAGAGUUUAAAAUACAUUGUAUGUAAGUUUAGUUGUAUUUCAGGUAGAGUUUUAAAAUAUGUAGUUGUUCAAAUAUACAAUAAUUGUAUUCCAGAUAGAAUCACAUUUUACUGCCUACAAAAGAUAUCUCUUUUGAUGCAUAACAUUUAUAUAGAGCUUGAAUCACAACUUUUUAACAAUAGUUUGUACUUUAUAUACACAAUGAGUGUGUGAAAUAUUUUUCAUUUAUUCACCAAAGGCUUUUUUUUUAUAAUGUUGUUUGUAUAAUUCCGAUCUUAAAAUACAUUGUACGGCAGAAUUUAUGUUCAUACGUUUUGUUUAAAAAUUGUAUUUGUAUUAAGAAUUUGAGUUGUUUUUUUUUACUACUACCAGAUAGUUUGUAUUUGUAGUUUUUCUUUAUUGAUUUUUUACGCCUUUCACCUUUAUUAAUGACAUAUCUUUGGAAGUAUAACAAUUAAUAUUCUGUACAUUUUUACAUUUUCAAAACUUCAGAAGGAUUAUAUAUUAUGCAUAAAAAAUUCUGUUCAACAUCUUAAAACAUAU